UUUUCCCUUCAAAUAAAAAAUGUAUAGAUACAAAUAAAGAGUUAAAUUAUUAUAUGUAAAGGAGGGGAUCACCACCGUAGUCGUCGUCUCCCUCCCUAACAUGCUCCAUCUCCGACGAAGAUCACCAUCACACCACCAAUAGCAUGCCCCCUUCCUCUUCAGCCUCUAGAUCCGCCGCUAAUAUUCACAGCUCCUCUUCCUCCUCGUCUCUCCACCUCUGCAAGCACUCUCCUUCCGCCGCGACUGUCGACCUCCUCGUGUUGGUUCUUUGCUUUUGAUUGAUAACAGUGUGCUUCCCUCUCUUGAUGGUAUCAAGGCAUAUAGAGACGUUCGAUGCAAGUCUCAAUGUCUUACCUGGAAACCAGCAGCUUUCUCAAAAGUGGCAAUUUUGUGCACGAAUCCAAAAGCAGAAAAUACCUGAAACAAAUAUGGACUUGAUAUGAAUCAUGAUGACCAUACGGUGGAGUGGAUAACAACUAAUGGAACCAAAACGGUUGAAAGAAACUCAAAUGAUCCCGGAUUUAGACUAAAGAAGAGAAGAAGCCCAGAUAAGUACAGAAUGGAGAUCAAAACAAAUUAGAGCAGUUCCAACGCCAAAGAUAUCAACUUUCUGGAUGGAAAAGCUAACCCUCAUCGAGAUUUCAUAGACUUGCAAUGAAAUCAGGAGAUGAAAAGCAAGAAACAAAAGCAAACACGACGCAAAGAUAAAUUCAUCCCCUAAAAUAUGUGUAGGAGGAAGUGCAACGAGUGAUCCAUAUGAUAAAGUGAAAGUUGCUUCUGCGUGAUCACCAUGCUCCUCUCCUAUCACCAUGAACAGAGCACGCAGGCUCUCUAACAAACUCUCAUUUAAGUGAUCACGCAGGAUGCCCUCUCUACAGUCUCUCCUCUCUAUUUAUAGGCUAAACUCAUUAAUAAGACUGUUAUGCACGUCCACAACUCUCUCUGAUUACUCUCACAUGUGCCUACUUAUCAUUUUGAUUCAUUUAAAAUCUGUUCUCUGUCUGCAUAUGCUCCCUGUAAUGUUAAAAAACCUUACGCUAGAAUAGUUGUAUCAUAUGUUUGAUUCUUUGAUUUACUCAGAGAUUACACAAAUCCAUAUCUUCCAGUGAAUCACACGGCAAUGGACGGUUCUAUGCAGCCUGCGUUAGGUGCUGACGGCAAGAAAGUAGAAUCUCAGAGCAACGUCCUUCUUGGUCUGAUUGAGAACAUGCAGUAUGCUGUCACUGUGGAUGUUCUUCACACGGUGUUUUCCGCGUAUGGAGCUGUCCAGAAGAUUGCUAUAUUUGAGAAGAAUGGUUCAACGCAAGCCUUAAUUCAGUACUCUGAUAUAGCAACUGCGGCAAUAGCUAAAGGAGCACUGGAAGGACACUGCAUAUAUGACGGUGGCUACUGUAAGCUUCGACUAUCAUACUCUCGUCAUACUGAUCUCAAUGUUAAGGCUUUUAGCGACAAAAGCAGAGACUAUACACUCCCUGAUCUAAGCCUAAUGGUGGCCCAAAAGGCGGCCGGAGUCUCGGCUUCAGCGCCAGCAGGUUGGCAGAAUCCGCAGGUGCAAACUCAAUACGGAGGAGGUUAUGGUGGAAGCCCAUAUAUGUACCCAUCAUCUGAUCCCAAUGGGGCUUCACCUUCAGGCCAUCCUCCUCCAUACUAUGGUUGAGAUAUUGUUUACUAUAUAAAUUUGGGAGAUUUUGCUGUCGACUAAAGACAGAACUGAGAGUGCUUCCGUGUUUAAUUUAAGUGUGGCAAACGAAAUAAUAAA